UCGCUGAUUUUGUAUUUAUCUGUUCGCCACCACCUUGCUGACUUGAUUAGUAAUCUAAAUCGCUAUCUUAAAUUCAAACACCUGGGGCGAGGGUGACAUUGGGUUGAGGGGGAGAAGGGCGAAGGCAAGCAACAGAGGCGAAACUAAUCAUCGGGCUUUAGUUGAGGGCUAGCCGAACGGUAGAGCGCGCUGGAACAGAAGUAACAGAAACGUGCCCUAGACAGGACGCACCACAGACGCUCGACCGACGCAGACCCAGCGAGUUGGAGUUUUGUGCAAGACGAAACGGGCCUCAAGCGGGACGAGACUUGCGGGACGAGCGACGGCAGCAUUGGUUGGUUGGUUCUGCUCUAGUACAGCUACAGUCCACACGCCGCGGACGGUGAUCAGUCGGUUCGUCGCGAUGGAGAAGCUCGGUUCGAUGAUGGAGUACCGGUUGAAGACGUUCACUGGCUGGAUGGGAAGGUCAGGCAACGGCACUCUGGAGGAGCUGCUCAACGAUGCCUGCGACACACUCGUGCUGUGGCCGUGGGUGACCGUGCUCUGGUACGGCGGGCUGGGACUCGUCCUGUCCUACGGCCUGUAUCUGUUCUACUAUCAAGUGUUGGUGUGGAAACGGGACCUCACCGAUAUUGGCUACAAUCACAUCCUUGAUGCGGCGCGCAUUGGCAAGAGCGAUCGCACGCGCGUCGACACGAUCAACCGGGCACGGCGGCUACGCAAAAUCGGCGACCGGUUGCCGCCCCCUUACCCGAACGGAUGGUUCUCGGUACUUGAGUCGGAGAAUCUAACCCGUGGGGAGGCGAAGAGCGUCGACUGUCUUGGCCAAAAUCUGGUUGUCUUCCGGACGGAGGCGGGCGAGGUGAACGUGCUCGAUGCGUACUGUCCGCAUCUCGGCGCCAACCUGGGCGUCGGAGGCAUCGUCCGGGGCGACUGCAUCGAGUGCCCAUUCCACCACUGGUCGUUCAGUGGCCAGGAUGGGCAGUGCACGAACAUCCCCUACAGCAAGUCCGGCACGGUGCCGAAGGUGGCCCGGCUUCGCAAAUGGCGCUCGCUCGAGGUGAAUGGGUUUAUUUUCGUGUGGCACCACGUCGACCCGGAAGUGGAACCGUGGACGAUCAACGUGGUGCAGGAAAUCGAGGACGGGCGCUGGGUGUACUACGGCAAGAACGAAUUCCUGGUUAACUGCCACAUCCAGGAUGUGCCGGAAAACGGUGCGGACGUGGCGCAUCUCUCUGCCGUCCAUGGGCCGAACAUGAUAUCGGGCAGUGACAUUCGAUAUUCACGGCCUGCCUGGGCCGAUUUUGGUAUGCACUCGUGGUUCGCAAGCUGGAAAGCGCCGGAAGAGGGUGAGCCAAUGCACAUCGCCAAGAUGGACCUGGUGCACUCGUUCCGGAUUUUCAAUAAGUUUGAGAUGGGGAAGAUUGACGUUCGUGCGUAUCAGAUUGGGCCCGGCUACGUGCAGCUGAUGAUGAAUACUAGCAUGGGACCGUUCGUAGUGCUGCAGACGGUCACGCCGAUCGAGCCGCUCGUGCAGAAGGUGAUCCAUCGGUUCUACGCGCCUCGCAGCAUGUGGAAUGCCAUCUUCCAGAAGUUUGCUAUCCUGGCGGAGAGUAUCAUGUUCGAACGUGACAUGAUGGUCUGGAACCACAAGCAGUUCAUCGAUAACCCCCUUCUAAUCAAGGAGGAUCGUCUGAUCAAGAGCUACCGGAAGUGGUAUAGCCAGUUCUAUUCCGAAAAUAGUAUGAGCUUUACGAUGGCAAAGGAGAAGCUUGACUGGUGAGGAGCAGAGAUACAAAACCAAACCCAAAUACACACAUGUCAGAGAGAAUAGUGUUAAAAAAAUCCGAUACUCUUACCUGACGGCAGUAAGCACCUUCCAUCCCCUUAAAAAACUAAAAACUAACUGCUAAAUGUCCAAGGCUAUACUCAAAGAAGGGACAACGGAUGGGGGAGGAAUAAUGGUGCAGUGAUCUUUUUUUGUACUUAGUGCGUUCCGAAUCGACAAUAGGUUGAAUCUGAUUAGCUAACAAUACUAAUCAAAUUAUUAGUAUUAGAAACUAAUUAGCUUAUAAUACCCACAAAAAUGUGUCGUAUUCGAAAGUGACUUAGAGAGCUUCGGGAGAGAGCUUCAUCCUACUAGAUGACAAAGUUACCAUGUUAGCGAUAGGAUUAUUAUCGAGAAUAAAGAUAAUCAGUUUUCUAUUUUA